UCCCGCGACUCAACAGCCACCUACCUCCACUUCCACGCCUCGCACCACGCCGACCUCCUCGAACGCUUCACGCAAAACGAAGACCGCCUCUCCCCCGAACCCAUCUCCCUGCCCGCCGACCUCGAGCGCGACCUCCCCAGCGAGGAAUCCAUCUUCAGCAAGAACCGCGCCCUCUUCGGCAUCCAGAUCGCCACGCAGCCGGAUAAGGAGGUCGAGUGGAGGGAUCUCGGGUUAGAUGAGCUCGUGAGGAGGGGUCCUGCGGAUAGGGGUGGGGAGGUUGGGGGA